AACCACAGACGUCUUUGCUUGCCUGACGAAAGGGACGAAAGCCCGAACUCUUUCACAGUUUUUUUGGUAUACCUGUUUUUAUUUCCAUCAUCACUUUCAGCAAGAUGCUAAGAGCUGUUCUUUCUUACCGUUGCUUCAUUUUGGACUGAUCAUGGCUGCAGCAGUAGAAAAGAAAAAAGCUGAUGUGAAGAUUGUCAUUGUUGGUGAUGCCACAGUUGGGAAAACAACUUUUAUUCGACGAUACAUGGAUGGAGUUUUCACAGACAAUCCUGGUCAAACCGUUGGGGCAUGUUUCUUUCUGAAACAAUGGGGUAACUGCAAUAUAGCCUUAUGGGAUACAGCUGGUGAAGAACGGUUCUCUGGUCUGAGUUCAUUCUAUUGCCGUAAUGCAUCUGCUGCCAUCAUAGCCUAUGACAUCACAAGAAGGAGCUCCUUUGAACUGUUACAGGAGCGUUAUAUCCCACUCCUUGAAUCUGCCAAAGAAGACUGCCUUCUCUGCUUGACAGGAAUGAAGAAUGAUCUUGUCAACAGCAAUACCAGACAAGUAGCACAUGGUGAAGCCAAGGAGUUUGCCUGUAGACUCAAUGCAAGUAGGUUCCAGGAGAUCAGAAGAAACAAUCCCAAUCAGAAAAUCCAGGCCCCUUUCUUCGAGACCAGCUCCAAGACCGGUGCAAAUGUGGACCAAGUGUUUGAAUAUAUAUUCAGCAGUAUCUUGCCUAGGACAGGGGGAAAUAUGGCACAAAAGAAGGACACGGUUGAUAUGAGUGGUGACUCUGGGAAUUCUAAAGAACAGCUCAAAAAGAAAGGGUGCUGCAAUUGAAGCACAUCUCAUUCUAUAUUUUUCAGAUAGAAAUGUUUAAUAUAUAAGGAGUUCCAGCACAACAUCCAGACACAUGGUAAGAAAUUUGUGUUUGUACUGUCCUUGUGUUGUUAUGGUAUUUCAUGAGAAAUUCCUUGAUUUUCUAUAUAGUAUGAUGUGGCAUGCAAGUAUUGAUUUUAAUGAAAAACGCACUGUUCGUGUGAUAACUCAAGAAACCUUUGAUGGAUGAACUUCAUAUUUGGAUCAUGUAUGCAUAGGGGAAUGACAGAGAUUGAUUUAUUUGGGGACAUGGUGGUCAACUCAAAGGUUGAAAGUCCCAGUCCUUAAUACCUUAAAUGCCUUGUUCUUGUAAUAACACAAGAACUUUUUGACAUAUUACCUUCAAACUUUGGUCAUGUAAGCAUAUUGGAGUGAUGGUGAUCUGUUAAGUUUUGCAGGUCACGAUGUCAAAGGUUGAAAUUCAGAGAUCUUCAUACCUGAAAAUGCAUUGAAUUUAUGAUAGCUGAUUAACAAGGUAUCAACUUCAAAAGUUGAAAAUGAUCCAAUUAGUUUUGGAAGCAGAGUUCAAAGGUCA